AUGCGUCAUCUGCUUCUGUUAGGUUUUGUAUCAAUAUGUUCUGCGUAUAAUGGUUGCCUUCAUCAGCGCUCUGUAUGCCUGCGUACCCCGGAAUGUCAUGAAUAUAUCGAUAAAUUCGAAAACAUCUGCGGAUACUCCCUAGGGACCUGCACUAUCGACUCACCCUCCAACUGUGUCCAUACACUAUGGCGGAUACGAGAUUUCUUUCCAUAUGACACAUGUGUUUGCUACGAAGCUCUAGGCUUUCCCGAAGAAUGCAAUCAGUUUCGCGAACUUAUCUGGAAUCAUCCAUGCGAACGAAGAAUGAGAGAUGCCGGCGAACAGAGGCGUGCAAAAGAAAGAUCAAUAUCUGUCGAGCAGCACUCCCAACAUCCAAAUAGUUCGGUAAAACGAACCACCAGAACACCAUUGUCGGAUCAGAUUCGGCAACUGAAGACGGAAUUGAGCGGAGAAUUAGGCACUCGGGAAGUGCUACGCAGAGCCACAUGUGAUUCUGCUCUUAACGAUGUCUGCUUACGGCAUGUGUCCUGCCGUCAACUAUGGAAACUUUUCAGAUCGAGCUGUGGCGUAGAUCAGGACAAUCGGUGCACAAUGGCUGAUCGCGAAACUUGCUGGCAGUCUUUCGAAGGCCUAACAUGGACGGGUCUGGGAAACUGCCAUUGUGAUUCGGCGAAUUCCGAUUGUCAUUGGAUUAGAUUACACACUAACUAUAAUAAAUGUAUCCAUGAUAUCUCCUUAGCGGGACAGUUUCCUGCCAUUGGCGUUAUCAGCACCAAUGGAGCUAUUGCUCCUAGUACUGCUCGUUAUGGUCAUCGUUCAAAAAUUGAAAUGAUCGAUAAACUGAGUGCCGCUCGGAUUGUUCCAACAACUACCGCCACACGAACAAUACCUCGAACUACUCCCGGUUCUACUAUUACUACCACUACUACAACGACCACCUCUACCACCUUCACCACCACCGCCUCAACCACUACUACGACUAGACCACCAAGGACGAGAUCCAAUAGGACUCGAACUAGCACUCCGAAACCAUUGGUAAAUUUGUGGAAUCAACGCCAACCGCAGGGUGAAGCACGGACAACAACUGCGCCUUCAUGGUGGCGGACAACAACUCCAUCCGCUCUCUCCCAUUCGAAUCAGCAAAGACAUGUCGUACUGCAGACGCAAGCAGAUGUGCACUAUCGCCCACUUUUUGAGCAGCAUGUGCGAACCACUCCAACUUAUUACUACUACUACACCACGGCAAUACCUCCGCGAUGGGACCGAAAUUCUCACAUCUCCCCGCCGCAGAAUUUAAACGAUAGCAAUGCUCAAACAGACGAAUACAGGCAGUCGACAGUAGAUCGAAAGUUACCUGAAAAGUAUCCUCCGAAUAAUCGAUGGAACUUGCGAGAAACAUCACAGCAGUUGCGAAUAAAUGCAAAAUUGGAUUCAAUCCAGCGCAUCAAUGGCCAGAGUAUGGCGCCGACGCAAGCCACGUUCUCAGAAUUCACACAGGCAGAGUACUCUUUCCGCUCUUCGUGUCAAGACACGAUGGCUCGUUGCGAAGCAGCAGAUGAAUGUCGUUGGCAUUUAGGGGAAUUACGAGUACGAUGUGCACCGAACACUUGCCGGAGAGCUGAAUGUGCAGCGGCUCUACAACGUUUCGCUCGUUUUGUACCGUUCUCAUUGGUGGAGUCGAUGAUGUUCUGCCACUGCUCAGCCGGUGACACGAUAUGCGCUCAACAGCAGGAAAUCCUUUACCCAAAGUGCCUUUAUUCGACGUCCUCCAUGGCAAUGACAUGCACAGAAGCAGCUCGAAAGUGUGACGCCGAUCAUCGGUGCCGACAUCUGCGACAUUCACUUUCUGCAAAUUGUCCUAUAGCUCACGACGAAUGUGCAAAAACAUCGUUGGACGAAUGUAGGAGGACAAUCUUACAUGCUAGAGCAUCGAUCUUAGAACAGCCAUGCUACUGCCCGUUAUCGGAUGUAGAGUGUAUGGCACAUCAGCGGACAAUGAUUCCUAAUAAUCCAUGUAUAGAGAAAGCUAUGCUUGACUACUCCCGACUUAUGGGGUACAAUUCACCUACAGCCGUUAAAUCCGCUAGCAUCGAAACGAAUCGAGUCUAUGAAAAUAACGUUGAGAAAGCUGCUCCAAAGAUGAGCCAGUCAACUGAGAAAACAUCGAUGAAGGACCCCUCAAGUCGUGGACAAGAAAAGACAAGAAUUGUGGUUGACAGCAGAGGAGUGACCAGAUCCGGACUCAGUGGAUCCGAAUUUCGCAAGGCGGCAGACUAUGGAGAAGGUGGACAUUCUCAGAAAGUGGCCGAAACAAAUCAGCACCGAAGCCAAUAUAGAGCUAAAAGCUGGAAAGAGAAGACAGGGAAUACUGAAACCGAGAAUGAACGAAGUGAACACCCGAAAAGUGAAACGGACACCGGAUCGUCACGAACCGACCAACAACAUAGACCUUCAGCGACGAAGGACGACGAGGAAGCGGAAAUUGAAGUCGAAAGUGUUGUUCCGACAACGCCAAAGCCAACGGUGUCAACAUGGAUUCCGACGCAUAGGAAAACUCAUUUGGAGCACUCUGAAGGAAGACGAAAAGGGAAGCAUCGAACGACGACGUCACCCGUAACUAGCACAGAACCACCACCUUGGAUAACUACAACGCAGCAGCUUCCGACAACCACUACCACCUUCAUUACACACGCACCACCGCCUGCCGAAGGAUGUAAUGCUAAAGAUGCAAGUGGUCGACAAAUUUUCGUACAUAUCGGAUCUGUCAUUAGAAGGUACGUGGAUUGGUCGGGACGGUGUUCGUCGUGGUGUGAAUGUUUGGCCGAAGACCAACUAAGUUGUGAGAGAUUACCGUGCUUAGAAGAUGGACGAUGCGAAGCUCCUUUGGCAACAGUUGAUUUCGGAGAAAGAUUGUUCUUGCGUGACCGUGGGGCAUGUUUUUGCGAAUCGGGCACGUUUAUUUGUGACCUACCUGAGGAGAUGCCAGAAGUUUAUCCCGGUCUCUACCUUUCCGCUGGAUACUCAACUACUGACAUUGACAUGUUACGAAGUGAAAUCCCCAGUGAUGUCCUAGAACGCGCCGGAUUUCUAUCAUCGGAUGCAGCGACGGACAUCGCUGGUCGACUGCAGAUCGCUUUCGAGAGAAUACUUCCGAAGGAUCUUCAAUGCCGGAUUGUGUUGAUGCCGGAGAUGAGUGAACCUGGGUCAGCAUUUAUGAGAAUCGAAUGGUUCGGGAAGAACGAAGCGCUCAAUCAUACAAAGACACAAUGGCAUACGGGAUGGGCUGAAAAAGCAUGCUCUGCAUACGUGAUGAAGCUCUCAGACUAUUUUUCGCUCAGUGAAUCUCCUCGCUUCCAAUUAGUUCUGUCCUCCGUGAAACAGCUCAAAGUACUAGAUUACUUAGAUGGACUGCCUUCAUCAACGUUAAAUAUACAACAUUUUACUUUAGCAUUAGUAAAAAUGUCCGAUUCAUCAAGUGAGGAUAAAAAGUCGAAGUCACCAGAAGAGAACAAGAAGUCAAAGAGACAGAAAAAAGAAAAGAUUGGUAAGAACAACAAUGAAAAGAAGGCUGAAAAACGUCGUGUGGAUAGCGAUUCAUCGUCAGAUGAAGGCGUGGUAGAUAAAACUCCUGUGAAGAAAUCGAAGAGUGGCGGUAACCGUGUGAAGAAUGCAGAUGGUGAAGAGAUGAUCGAGAUUGGCAGCAUGCGCUAUGUGAAUGUAAGGAAUUUCCGAGGAAAAUCACUCAUCGACGUACGCGAAUAUUAUAUGGAUAAGGCCUCUGGAGUACUUCGUCCUGGUAAGAAAGGUAUAAGUCUCACUCGAGAACAGUAUGAAAAUUUCAAAGCUAUUAUGAGCGAAAUCGACUCCAAGCUCGGACUAUCGAUGUCAUGA